UGAGAGAUUUGCCACUUGCGCGCGCGUAAGAGCGUAAAAGUCUGACACGCUGUUGUAAACGGAGAAUAUAACAACAACAAAUGGCCAGGCAGCAAUUUAGUGUGAUCUCGCGGUAAGGCUGUGAGGAGGAUUUGAGGUCUACACAGGCAGUUCCGCACGGUUUAAGGAUAAUCAGUGUGUCAGUUUGGGCUUUCUUAUGUAAAGCAGCUGUCUUUGAAGGCGGAUCUUUUGGCAGGUUAGUUCGGGACUGAAGCGGAGGAGCUCAGACAGACACAGACUGAGCGCGAGCAACUGUAGACAAGUGUCUGGAGGAAAUAUUCGUCGGUUUACGGACACAUUCAAUCAUAUUUGCGUGAGCUCCGCGAUUGCGACUAAACGACCCGGUGUCGUGCGCUGUGUGAUGGAAACCGGUUGAGUUUGGAUACUUUGCGGAGGAUGAACGUGGAAAGCAGCGCGAGGAGUUGAAGUGAAGACCGUGAGGGAAAUAGACGGUCAACAUAAUCUCACUGGAGUUUACGAAGGAUUUGUCAGCCUAUGUGUGGAUUGAACAUAAACGAAAGCCUCCAUGUGACAUGCAGUGACAUUUUUGAGUAAUGUUUUUCAUAACAUCAAGAUUCUAUACGGAGAUGCCAGAUAUUUGUGAACUGUGCGUCGUCUGAAACAAUGUUAUCAACUCAUUUCUGACUGCAAGAAAAAUGUGUCAAGUUUUUAUCUGACGCAGUUUCAUCCUUAAAGUUUUUUGGGGGGUACAUCACAAAAAGCAACAAUGAAGCGACUUCUCUAAGCAAAAAGAUUUCAACGCUUUUCCGAAAGACAUCUCUCACUUUUUUCCUGCUGCAUGAGUUAAGAUACAUUUAAGAUGUUUGGUGCCACAUUUGGACUGGACGCUCUCAGCGUUGUGCUACUGUGCGUGGCCGGAGUUUGUUCUGCUAUCAGUUCCAUAGACCCGGACCGUCCUGGAGCAGGAAGAUGCCAGGAGAUCACGAUUCCUCUUUGUAAAGACAUCGGCUACAACUUGACAGUAAUGCCAAACUUAAUGGGACAUGAGGAUCAAAGUGAAGCGGCCAUUAAACUGCACGAGUUUGCGCCGCUUAUCGGAAUCGGCUGCCACAGCCAUCUGAAGUUUUUCUUGUGCUCGCUCUACGCUCCCAUGUGCACGGAGCAGGUAUCCACACCCAUCCCGGCGUGCCAAGUAAUGUGUGAGCAAGCGAGGCAGAAGUGUUCUCCAAUCAUGGAGCAUUUUAAUUUCCAGUGGCCUAAAUCGCUGAACUGCUCCAGGCUGCCAAACAAAAAUGACCCCAAUAACCUCUGCAUGGAGGCGCCUAACAAUGGCACAGAUGAGCCCCUGAAGGGGUCCCACACUCUGCCGCCCGACUCCAGACCCCCUCGUCUGGGCAACAGUCAAGAACUUCCUAUUAAAGAGAGAGUUGGAAAGACGACGUGCAGCAACCCUGGAAAGUUUCAUUAUGUGCAGAAGAGUGAGUCAUGUGCCCCCAAAUGUUACUCCAACGUUGAUGUGUACUGGAGUCAGGGAGACAAGCGUUUCUCUAUGGUGUGGAUCGCCAUCUGGUCCAUACUCUGCUUCAUCUCCAGCGCCUUUACCGUUCUCACCUUCCUUAUCGAUCCACAGCGCUUCAAGUACCCUGAGCGUCCCAUCAUCUUUGUCUCAAUGUCUUACUGUGUGUACUCAGUGGGCUUUCUUGUACGGCUUUUUGUGGGGGUUGAAAACGUGGCCUGCGACCGUGAUACCGGCAUGCAGUACAUCAUCCAGGAAGGCUUGGAGAGCACUGGAUGCACUAUAGUGUUCCUUAUUCUGUAUUAUUUUGGCAUGGCCAGUUCUCUGUGGUGGGUCAUACUUACUCUCACAUGGUUCCUGGCAGCUGGAAAAAAAUGGGGCCAUGAGGCCAUCGAAGCCAACAGCAGCUACUUUCACCUGGCAGCAUGGGCCAUACCCGCCAUCAAGACCAUCAUGAUUCUGGUGAUGAGGAAGGUGGCAGGAGAUGAGCUCACAGGGGUGUGCUACGUCGGCAGCAUGGACGUUAAAGCCUUGACCGGUUUCGUUCUCAUUCCCCUCUCUUGCUACCUCAUCAUCGGCACUUCCUUUCUACUCUCAGGGUUCGUGGCACUCUUUCACAUCCGCAAAGUUAUGAAGACCGAGGGAGAGAACACGGAUAAGCUGGAGAAGCUGAUGGUCAGGAUCGGCGUCUUCUCGAUCCUUUACACGGUUCCUGCCACUUGUGUCAUCGCUUGCUAUUUUUACGAGCGACUCAACAUGGAUUACUGGAAGAUCCUUGCGAGUGAGGAGAAGUGCGUGGAGGACGGUAAGAGUGGCGAGGAGUGCGUGAUGAAGACCUCCAUUCCGGCUGUGGAGAUUUUCAUGGUUAAGAUUUUCAUGUUGCUGGUGGUGGGGAUCACCAGCGGCAUGUGGAUCUGGACCUCCAAAACACUGCAGUCCUGGCAGAACGUUUUCACUCGCAAACUGAAGAAAAAGACCAGGAGGAAGGCAGCUUGUGUAUUCACGGGCAACGGACCUUACCUCAAGCCUCUGAAAGGACAUAAAACCAAGUACGAACCAGCAGGUCCUCCCGCCACGUCUGUAUGAGCUGGCGCUCUCUACGGCCAAACAAGAAAAUGCUGGACUUGGAGUAAACAAACUGUUUUCUAAAGUCAAGAAUCAGUGGAGGACUCAUAUUUCUUUUUAAAAGAUGCUCCCGCAGAUUUUUUUUCUAAAUCUGUGUGAAUAUACGAGAUCAAUGUCUGCUUAGCCUUUAGCUCUUAGUGCUUACUAUUUGGGGAAACUUGGCAGACUUUGGAGACUGUUUUCUCGGACAAAUAAGGGAGCCGGACCCUGUUGUUGUCAUGACUUUGGGAUGCCUGUAUCAUGUGCAAUAGUUGUUUCCCUUAGUGACAGAGAGAAAUACACUCGGAUACUGUAGGGCUGUGAUUAAAGACAAUGAAAGGACUCGACAAACAAUGGGCAUGAAUGGCUCAGGGAAAAGCGGCUCCUCUGUGGCGUGGUCGUGUGGCUUUUCAAUGGAAAUGAAGGCUGUGUCAUACACAACUGCAUUGACAUUGGAGUGCAGCUGCUCAAUACGGCCUCAGUGUAGAAUGAACUGUCCAUUGUCAGGCCUCUCCUUGGGACAAAGUAAAUCUUUAAGCACUAAAUAUUGCAGACACAAAGAGAAAACUUGUUAUUUGUGUUGUUUUUUUACAGUGAGUUCAUGACCCCUGGUUUGUUUUGUUAUUCUCCUUUUAUGCCUCACAGACAUUUGUGUAUAUUUCUAAAGGUUCAUAUUUUAUAAGAAUAAAGACAUUUUAGUUUUAAACA